AUGGAAGAUGUAAAAGAGGAAAUAGAAUACUGGCAAACUGCGGUUGUAUGCUUUGUGCUGGAGUCAAAUCCGCCUUUAACAGUGGUGGAGGGGUAUUUCAAUCGUAUAUGGAAGGAUUUGGGAAUUGAUAAGGUAGCUCAAAUUAAUAAAAGAGUAUUCAUGGUCAGAUUUCACAGUAAUGAACGGCGUACGAAGGCAAUUGAAGGGGGAGUGCAGAUAUUUGAUCGAAAACCAGUGAUAAUUAAGCCAUGGAAACCAGGAACAGAGAUAAUGAAUGUAACAGUGGAACAGGCUGAUACAACAACAACGAGAAAGGAGAAACUCAUGUAUGCAAGGGUAAUGGUGGAGGUUCCUUUGAACAAAGCAUAUCUAGAUUCAGUGAUGUUUGAAAAUGAAUUGGGACAAAUAAUCGAACAGGAAAUAGAGUAUGAAUGGAAGCCUACAAUGUGUCAACAAUGCAAAUUGUUUGGGCACACAGACCAGCAAUGCAGAAGAGUACAACAAAAACCACGAGCAGAACAAGUAAGAAAAGAGUGGAAGCCAGUGGAGAGGAAUGAGCAAAAAGAAAAGCCAUCAAUAGCAGGGGAAAGCAUGGAACAAAAGCCAAAGAAUGUACAAAGAAAAGCUUUACAGAAGCAGAUUAUCAUGACAGUAAGUAACUCUUUCUCAACACUGGAGGAUCAUGGGGAAGAGCAAAUUGCAGAGGAGAGUGCUAGAGAGAAAACAAUGACAGACAGGAGAAAUAAAGCUAAAGGAAUUAUACAAGGAGAAGGUACUCACCAAAAAAAAAGGCAGCUCAACAGUAAGCUACCAGAGGGGAGUACAAAGGUAAAUAGAGAUGGGUCCAGGAACAGGGAGGGGAGUCACAAUCUAGCUCAUCAUCCAGGUGGAAGAAUAUGGGUGCUUUGGAAAACAAAUAUAUUCUCUGUAAAUAUCACUGAUGUAUCAGCACAAAUGAUGCAUUGUGAGGUAGAACAUAGAGGGACUCAACACAAGUUUCAGAUAAUAUUUGUGUAUGGGUUUAAUGACCAAGCUUUAAGAAGACAAUUAUGGCAAGAGUUGGAGAAAAUUCAUGGUGUCACUAAAAAACCAUGGGCAGUUAUGGGAGAUUUCAACUGUGUAUUGAAUAGAGAUAAAAGGGUGGGGAGUCCAAUCACAGUUUCAGAAAUAAAAGAAUUCAAAGAGUGUGUAGGGAGAUGUUCACUACAAGAACUUAAAUCAUCUGGAUCCUUUUUAACAUGGAACAAUAAACAUGGAGACAAUAGUAGAGUCCACAACAGGAUUGAUAAAGUGCUAGUUAAUGGAGAUUGGGUGAUGAAAUUGCCAGGAUCAGAAGUUCACUUUGGAAAUGAAGGACUCAUGGACCAUUGUCCAGCUCUGAUUAACUGGGAUCAAGGACCUCAAAGUGGAUAG